CCUUGGCCCUAACGACUCUCCAACCGCCCACGUUUCUCUUCACUCUACAUAAUUCCCUUCCUCUCCUCCAUCUUCACAUCUCUCCGCUCUCUCUCUCUCUCGCUCUCUCUCUCUCUCAAUGUUCUCUACAGCAAUGUCCGACCACCACCAGCUCCCUCCUCCACCUCCGCCGCCGUUCGCCUCCCAUCUGGAGCGGAAAUGGAAGCCCCAUCUCGAAACAGCUCCAAAUUGCCCUCGUUGCGCCUCCGCCAAUACCAAAUUCUGUUAUUACAACAACUACAGCCUCUCCCAACCUAGAUACUUUUGUAAAUCCUGUCGACGCUAUUGGACCAAAGGCGGUUCCCUCCGUAACGUCCCUGUCGGCGGUGGCUGUCGUAAGAGUCGUCGUACUAGGUCCUCACGAUCCUCAACUGUCUCACGUUCUACCAACCCCGACACUUCUACACAAAUCACUGAAUCCUCCUCUAAUGGACCCGAUAUCGAUCUUGCUGCCGUUUUCGCUAGAUAUUUGAACACCGCCCCACCGAGUACUGAGGCACACGCGUUGACCAGCUCGCCUGAAUCCGUUGACCCUUUAGAGAAUUGUGAAAUCUUCUUUGAAGGGCUGUCGGAUUUGUUAACUGAGGAGGAAAAUCAACCCCAAGAACAAAAACAGGGGAUUAUGGGAAAUUACGAAAAUACUCCGUUUGGGUUACACGCGGAAUUGGGCGUUGAGGAAGAAGUAUGGGCGUCGCAACAAAUCCAAGAAUUGGACUCUUUUUCUUGCAAUUAUAAUGCGAAUCAAUUCUGUGAAGUGGGAGACAAUUGGAGCUCAUUCGACUUUGCAGCCGUAAAUAAUGUCGAAUAUUUCUAAUUAUAUCAUUACAUUUAUAUACUUAUAUAUAUAAAUAUGGGAUUG